AUGGCGGGGGAAUUACCUGUGGACCUGAGGACCUGGCGGAAGGGAGAGGACCGCGGCAGUGGGGUCCCGUCUGACGGGGCUGGAGCCGUCUCUCCCGACGGCGGCGGGAGACAACCCUCAGAGGCGGAGGUCUCUUUGGGCAGCGGGGGCCCGCAGACUCUGGGACAGAAGCCCGCCGGGGAACCCGAGGGAGCCCAGGCUCCUCUGCCUUACCUGGCUCCCGGACCUCUCCUGCCAGGAGUGCGGAGCGCGGCUUCCCCCCAGGCCGGGCUGGAAGGGGAGAAGAUGGCCGAGACCUGCCUGCCCCUGAGGAAGCGCCGCUAUGCCGUGCAGGGGGGCAACGGGGAGGCUCAGGGGCCGCUGGCCGGCAAGGUGCCCAAGACCGAGAACGGGGAGGGGGCGAUGGACGCCUGGGGGCCUCCCUGCAAUGGCUAUUGCCCCUCUUACGUCCCUGUCCGGUUGCCGGCUGCCUAUUACCCAGGUCUGCCUGCUUCCUUCCUCACCCCCGAGAUGACUCCUGUGCUGCACCCCAUGGCCCACCACCACUUGUUGGGGGUCCCCACGCCUUAUUCCUUGCUGUACCCGCUACAGACGCAACUUGCCCUGGACAUCGCCACGGCGACCAAGCAAGAUGAAGACGGAGACACGCCCCUCCACAUCGCAGUGGUGCAAGAGAACCUGUCGGUGGCCCGGCGGCUCGUGGGCCUCUUUCAAAAGGGACAACGGGACUUGGACGCCUUCAAUAACCUGCGGCAGACUCCUUUGCACUUGGCAGUCAUCACCGGACAGCCAGCCCUGGUGAAACUGCUGCUCUCUCACGGGGCCUCGCCGAUGGUCCUCGACCGCAACGGACAGACCGCUCUGCAUCUGGCCUGCGAGCACGGUAGCCUCCGUUGCCUGCAGGAGAUGCUCGAAGGACGUCCCUCCCCGCUGGAUCUGGAGGCACGCAAUUUCGAGGGAUUUACCCCCCUCCAUGUCGCCGUGGCCACCUCUAACCAUGACGUGAUUCUUACUCUGCUGGAGCAUGGAGCGGAUGUGGAUGCUGUGGAUAUCAAGAGCGGACGGUCCCCACUUCUGCAUGCCGUGGAGAAUAAUAAUUUGGAGAUGGUGGAACUCCUGCUGCAGCACGGGGCCAAUGUGAACGCCCAGUCGUACGGGGGGAACACGGCUCUCCACGCGGCCAGCGGGCGGGGAUUCCUGGACGCGCUGCGGCUUCUGGUGCGCAACGGGGCAGACGGCAGUCUCAAGAACUAUCACAACGACACCCCGCUGAUGGUGGCCAAGAACAAGCGGGUGACCGACAUCCUGAGAGGAAAGGCCUCCCGGCCCGACCACGUCCGCGAGGGCUCAUCCCCGGCAACCAGCACCGCCAGCUCCCCCGGCAUCCGGCCCGCCUACCCCAGCUUGCUGCGGGCCUCGCCGGAUUCCUGCCCGACCACCCCGAGCCCCGCCCGGACCCCGAAGCCCCCGAGGGCAGUGCAGUCCCCCACAGUGCCCCAACAGAAGGCAGACAGUAUGACGUCCCCAAACGGGACCUCGGCAGCCAGCCCCUUACGCGGAGUGAAGCUGGAGAGAAGCCCGACCCCACCCGCGGCAGAGCAGCCGGCGGGCUUUGUGAGCACCCCAAGUUUCUUCCUGCCCCUGCUGGAGCCCAUGAUGGAUCCCGCGUACCAUGGCGCCCUCUAUCCUUUCCCGCCUUCCCACCAUAACCAUCCCGUCCAGCUGCUUCCCGUCAGCCUGAAUCCCUCUGCCGUAUCGCUGCCGCGAGGAUCCCACGUGAAUCAGAUUCACCCAAGGGGCAUGGGGUUGGAUCAGUCGCUGACGCUCCUGGGUGCGGAGAACCCCCCAGACGCUGAUCCCAAAGGACAACGGAUCCACGGCAGGGACAGCGGGCCAGGAGGGAGCUGACGACAAGCGACGAAGGGACUCCCGUCCGCUUCGAAUCUGUGGGGGACUUCGCCAGGGGCCGCGUGCGUCAUGAAGCAGCCGGACAAGAGGCCGUGCCAGGGAUUUUCACCUCUGCUGCUACCGUUUCCUCGUGCAAAACUGGCACAUAUUUGCUGCUUUGGGAUUCCAAAACCCACUUGACCAAAGGCCUUCCUCUCUUCUUCCAUUUUUGUUUUUUUUUUUGUAGCAAUGCGCGAUUCUCCUCUGGCCUCACGAACCAAUGGCUCUUCGGUCCAUUAGCCCAAACCGUGGAUCCGGUGGUUCAUCUUCUAUCUUCCCUCUUUGGGGAUAGAUGUCCUGCGAGUCCGGAGGGGCCGAGCGGUGGUGGAAUUGGAGUCCGCUCUCUCUUUCCCCUCCCCCUUGAAAGAGCCACGCAAAGAUGGCGGCGCUAGCAGGGGUUCCCAGGGCAACAGCCCGGCUGUUGUGUGUCUCCCCCUGGUGGAAGGGGGUUUAAUUGCACAGCCAUUGGCAAGUAGCACAUUUCAGAGCAUAUUGCUAGCAGCCUCGGUGCAUCAGAGCAAAAAUCGAACUCAUACAGGCUUGUUUCCUUCAGCCGCUAGCCAGCUCCCCGCCCCCGCAGAGGGGUCCAAGCCAGGUAGGAAGCUAUAACCCUCCCUGCCUGAACUCCCAGGCGCUGUUAUUCAGGGGUAUACUGCCUCUACACAUGGAGGUUCCAUUUCAACAUUGUGCCUAAUAGUCGUUGCUGCCUCCAGAAACCUGCCCCC